CACUUUCACACAACUUCGCAUUUUUUGCCUUCUUGCACCUCGUCAACAAACUCAUCCACCAUGCAGCCCCUCGAACUGACGCUCAUUGUCGCCGCGACCCGGAAUAUGGGAAUCGGAGCCAACGGCUCCAUGCCCUGGAACGGGUUGCGCAAGGAGAUGCAGUACUUUGCGCGCGUCACCACGCACCUCCCGCCUCAGGCUCCGUCGACAGGCGUCAAUGCCGUCAUCAUGGGCCGCAAGACUUGGGACUCGAUCCCCACCAAAUUCCGCCCACUCAAGGACCGUCUCAACAUCGUCAUCUCCCGCUCCGCGCCGGCCACGCCACCGGCCGCGGAUGCCGACCCCCGGGCCGAGCCCGUCAAGGUAAACUCGCUCGAGGCCGCGCUGCAGUACGCUCGCGCCCGCGCCGACGUGGCCCGCGUCUUCAUCAUGGGCGGGGCGCAAAUAUACGACGCCGCGCUCAAGCUGCCGGAAGCGCGCCGCGUGCUGCUGACGAGCAUCGAGCGUGAAUUCGACUGCGAUGCCUUCUUCCCGCUGCGCCUCGGGGAUGGUGGCAUGACGAAUUGGAUCAAGAGACCGAGGGCGGCGUUGGAGGAAUGGACGGGCCAAGAGGUUGUCGAGGGUGGACAGGAGGAGGCGGGGACGCAGUACGAGUUCCAGAUGUGGGAGAAGACUGGUUGAUACUUGACCUCAUGAUUGAUUGCUCGUAAAAUGAUUAAGGAGUGAUUCCUGUUGAAAGGGAGACGGGAUAUCAUC